AUGUUACACGUUCAGCUAGGCGGGGCACUACCGGAGAGCUGCACGAUACAGAUGAAAGUGGCUGCCUUAUUGAUGUAUAUCGGCUCGGUGGUCUCUCAAAUGAUCAUCGUCCUACGGACACUGGCGAUAUGGAGGGGCAAUAAAAAAGUCUGUCUACUUGUUCUGGCUGUCUUGGUUGGUUCGGUUGUCUCUUCUGGGUUCAUCGUGCACACCCAGGUCAUGUCCAUUAAAUGUGGGUCGUCGUUCGUUUGUGGUUUCUUCCUCAGCUUGCUCAAGCCUUCGCCCUCAGUCUUUGAUCCUGGGAUUCCGCAGACGCGUUGCCUCGUGCUCGAGUACAGUGUAACCCCCAGAUACGCCUUCAUCUCAAUUCUAGUCCUGGAAAUCUUAAUUGUCAUUCUGACCAUAAUCAAAGCCCGACAACACUUCCGCCAAUCCAACUCGUCAUGGGUUAUUCAGAUCUAUAAAAACGGAAUAUUCUUCUGCAUUUGCAUGACAAUCCUUACGUUACUCAACCUUCUACUUACCAACAUUCCCUCGGUUCACCAACACAACGAGUCCUUCAUUCGAUCUUCUGCAACCGCGUAA